AAAGCCUGGGCACUUGCUGUGUGUCAGUAAACGUUUCCUCUCCUUCUUGCAUCCCUUGGUCGCCGCUCGCCAUUUGUCUUCACCAGUCAUUACUCUGUUUCCACACUCUGUUGUAAUCUAUUCAUAUAUCAUUUAAUCAUAAUGUUGCGCCGAUUCUCCAGCACCUUUAAGAAGGGGAAGGGGGAGCGCGAAUCGAAGCCAAACGGGACUCAGUCCAGCGGAACGAAGCGUCAAUCCAAGGUAUCACCUUCGCCGCAAUCCUCGUCGGAUGAAAGUCACAGUGAGCCCCGUUACGAGAAGCAAGUGAAGCACGACGACGGCUUGUCUGCCUUCGAACGAUAUGCCCAGGUUUUGCACGCAUCGCGGCGCCCUCUGCCGAACCAGAACGGCGAUGGAACCUACGUCGAACACGAGCACUCAGGCGGCCUGCUCUCGGAUUUGAGGUCUCUUGGGAUUAAGGAUGCCGGAACGUUGAAGGACCUCAUCAAGAACAAGGCCAAGGGCGAAUACGUCGACGAUAAGACCAUGCUUAUGGAGCGCAUUAUCCAGCUGGUCAGCGCUCUUCCUGGCGACUCCAAGAAUCGGGUUGAUCUCACAAAUGCCUUUUUGGACGAGCUCUGGGGUUCCUUGCCUCACCCUCCUCUCUCAUACAUGGGGAGUGAGUAUGCGUACCGCUCCGCCGACGGCUCCAACAACAACCCGACCCUUCCGUGGUUGGGCGCUGCCAACACCCCUUAUGCCCGCUCCAUUGCUCCCCUGACAAUCCAACCCGGUGGACUUCCCGAUGCUGGUCUCGUGUUUGACUGUUUGUUUGCGCGCGAGAAGUUCACUCCCCAUCCGAACAAAGUAUCGAGUCUUUUCUUCGAUUGGGCCUCGUUGAUUAUCCACGAUAUCUUCCAAACGGACUAUAGGCAGCCCCACCUCAACAAAACCUCCGCCUACCUCGAUCUCUCGAUUCUCUACGGCGACACUCAGGAUGACCAGAACCUGGUCCGUACCUUCAAAGAUGGAAAGUUGAAGCCGGAUACCUUCUCGGAGCAACGUCUGCAAGCAUUCCCCGCAGCCUGCAGCGUCCUGAUGGUCAUGCUGAGCAGAUUCCACAACUACGUUGUUGAAGAGUUGGCAGCUAUUAAUGAGAAUGGUCGCUUCACGAAGCCCCGUGACAGCCUCCCAGCAGAACAGGCCCAAAAGGCGUGGGCCAAGUACGAUGAGGAUCUUUUCCAGACUGGUCGACUCGUCACUUGCGGUCUGUUCAUCAACAUAACCCUGUACGAUUACCUCCGUACGAUAGUCAACUUGAACCGCAGUAACAGCACGUGGUGCCUGGAUCCCAGAGCCCAGAUGGAGGGCAGCAAAACCACUCCUUCUGGUUUAGGAAACCAGUGCUCCAUUGAGUUCAACUUGGCCUAUCGCUGGCACUCUGCGAUCAGCGCCGGUGAUGAGAAGUGGACGGAACAGGUCUACGAAGAGCUUAUGGGCAAGCCCGCUGCAGAGGUCACCCUUCCUGAGCUUCUCCAAGGCCUUCACAAGUACGAACAGACUAUCCCGAAAGACCCCAGCCAGCGUACCUUUGCCGGAUUGAAGCGUCAGGAGGAUGGAACUUUCAAGGACGAAGAGCUUGUUCAUAUCCUCAAAACAGCCAUCGAGGACGUUGCGAGCUCCUUCGGUGCCCGGAAUGUUCCCAAGGUCCUGAAGUCCGUCGAGAUCUUGGGUAUCGAGCAGGGUCGUAAGUGGAACGUCGGAUCCCUGAAUGAGUUCCGCAAAUUCUUCAACUUGAAGCCUUAUGAGACAUUCGAGGAGAUCAACUCCGACCCUGAGGUUGCUGAUGCUCUGCGUCACCUGUACGAGCACCCUGACUACGUCGAGCUCUACCCCGGUAUCGUUUCCGAAGAGGCCAAGGAGCCGAUGAUCCCUGGAGUCGGCAUCGCUCCUACUUACACUAUUUCUCGUGCGGUGUUGUCUGAUGCCGUGGCUCUGGUCCGUGGUGAUAGAUAUUACACUAUUGACUACAACCCUCGUAACCUCACCAACUGGGGUUACAACGAGGUCCGCUACGACCUCAACAUCAAUCAGGGAUGUGUCUUCUACAAGCUUGCGACGCGAGUCUUCCCCAAUUGGUUCAAGGGUGAUUCUAUCUACGCACAUUACCCCAUGACGAUUCCGUCCGAGAAUCGGAACAUCAUGAAGAAUUUGGGUCGUGAGGCUGAUUACUCUUACGACCCACCCCGUUACACCGAGCCCACACCUGCUCUGCUGACCUAUGACAAUGUCAAGUUGGCCUUGGACUCCGGAAAGGACUUCCGGCUGAUCUGGGGUGGUUUGACCUCCAUUCACGCCGGCAAGGGAGGCACCAACUUCUGGAGCAAGUCUCUCAACAAUGAUCAGUGGCGCACAAAUAUCAAAUACUUCUAUGAAGAUGCCACACUGAAGUUGAUUGGAGAGAAAUCAUGCAACCUCGCCGGCAGGAGGCAGGUGGACAUUGCUCGAGAUGUUGGAAACCUCGCUCCUGUGCAUUUCGUGUCGAAGCUGUUCUCUCUGCCUCUGAAGACGAACAGUCACCCCCGUGGCGUCUACUCUGAACACGAGCUUUUCAUGAUUAUGGCGGUGCUCUAUAGCUCCAUCUUCUUCGAUGUGGAUCUGAUGAAAUCAUUCCCUCUUCACCGGGCUGCCCAGGCUGUCUCCCAGGAGCUGGGCCGACUCGUCGAAGGACAUGUCAAGUCGAUCAACUCCCCCGGUUUCCUUUCGGGUAUCAUUGACAGCUUCCGUGAUGAUCACAAUGCACUGAAGGAGUAUGGCGACCAACUCAUCAAGCGGCUUCUCGAGAGUGGCCACGGAGUUUCUGAGGUCACUUGUGGACAGAUCUUACCGGCAGCUGUAGAGAUCGUGCACUCCCAAGCUCAGAUGUUCACUCAAAUUAUCCACUUCUAUCUGACGGAGGGCAAGGGCCACCUUGCUGCGAUCAACCAGCUAGCCAAGCAGGACUCUCUGGAUGCUAACAACGAGCUGACACGUUACUGCCUGGAGGCGAUGCGCUUGAACGGCAAUUUGGGCACCUACCGCGAGGCCCAGACCAACAUCACCCUAACCGAUGACAAUGGUCCGAUCAGCCUCAAGCAGGGCGACAAGGUAUUUGUGGGCUCUCGGGGUGCCAACCGAGACCCGAUUGCCUUCCCCUCUCCUGACGAGGUCCGCCUCGACCGCCCCAUCGACUCCUACCUUGACUUCGGCACAGGUCCCCAAAGCGGAUUGGGCAAGGAAGCCAAUCUGAUUGCGGUGACCGCCAUGGUGCGCAUGGUUGCCCGGUUGGACAACCUCCGGCCUGCGCCUGGUGGCCAGGGAGUGUUGAAGAAGAUCCCACAGAAGGGCGGCUACUCGAUGUACCUUCGGGAGGACCAUGGCGCCUACUCGCCAUUCCCGACCACCUACAAAGUCCACUUUGACGGCGAGGUCCCUGCUCCUAAGCGGCAGGUCACCUCGGUUUAGUGAAACGGGUUGAUACCUUUGAUUCAGGUUUGGACAUUUCGUGCUUGAGAUAUCCUUUGGUUUCUUCGCAAAUUGUUUGUUUUAAAAGUAGUACUAAUAAGUCAAUGUCAAUCCACACUCAGUUCAAUUAC